UUGACUGAGAAAGAGACUGUAAUUCCAUCUUCAUCUUCCCAAAAAGGUAAUUAAUUUGUCUCACUUUUUUAUAUUUUAUUAGUCUAUAUUAUAUGUUUCAUUCACCUAAUGCAUUAAUAAUAAUUAAUAUAUAUGUUGUUUCAUUCAGAAUGUCCUUUGAAGAAAGCUCUUCAAGCUGCAAAGUUAGUGUGUGCCAACUCAAAUUACACAGCUGCAAAAUAUAAAGUUGAUGAGGAAUUGAAAAAGAGACGGCGGGAAAUUUUUGAAAGUGCAAGAAUUGAAAAAGAAAGGGAGCAAAGAGAAGAAAUAGAAAAAAAUGUCAACUUACAACGACAAAAAGACAGAGAAGAACAAGAAAAAAUUCGUGCUGCAAAAUUCGUGCGUGCCAACUCAAAUUACACAGCCACGAAGUAUAAAAUCGAUGAGGAGUUGAAAAAGAGACGACGCAAAACAUUUGAAAAUGCAAGGAUUGAAAAAGAAAGAGAAGAAAGAGAGAGAAUUGCCAAUUUACAACGAAAAGAAAGAGCUGAAAGAGAAGAAAAAGAAAAAAUGGAGAACUUACAACGACUAAUUAGAGAAAGAAAAGCUCACUUAGCUUUAAUCGAAAAGGUUACACAAGUUGAAGAUACUGGUGAAAAUAUGAAGGAUUACUUAGAACUUGAAAAGUUAUGCGGGUACAAGCCUUGGUUUAGAUAUGUUCCAAGAAAUUCCAAAUGGGAGAUCUUUUCUUCUUCUAACAUAUUAAAUGGGACACCCUUAAAGAAGUUGGGAUUAUUUUUAAAAAAUGAGGAAGAAGAAGAAGAAAAGUUAUAUCGACAACCCAUAAAGAAAUUGAGAAAAGCUUAGAGGAAAUGCUAAAAUAUUAUUUGUAAUUAUUUUGUUUUUGCACUUUUUUAUGUAAGGGAUUAUUGAGUAUAACAACACUUAAUGGGGAC